AUGACCAAGGGUGCAAACAUGACUCAAUCAUGGCUUUUGCCGACCAUUGCCUUACUGGCAGGUGUUCUGUUAUCAGAGCAGUUGUGUGUCAUGUUGACCGGUACGAAGGAGUCUCUGAUGAGAGUUUUCUCUGCAACGCCGUCCAAAUCUUCGUCACCGCCGUGGACAUCGCUAUCAUCGAACCUGAUUCUCCCACCUUCCCACAAAUGCGAACUCAACUACACAAUUGAGCUUCUGUCAUUUGACCCCCUCAUAUUCUACGUCAACAAUUUCAUGAGUGAGGACGAAGUCAAACAUGUCCUUGAAGUCAGCAAAGAUGAAUGGUAUGCCGCAUGCGUAGCAUAUAGCGACGAUGGAGUAGCGUCGUCAAAACGAGCACCUGACGCGUUCGAUGCGCAAGUAGCGUCACUGUCGCCAGACGAUACCGUGGCGAAGUGUCUGUCGACGCGGAUGCUUUCUCUGCUCGGUAACGUGCAACACGAAGCAACUGAGUCGAUUCGGCUGGUCAAGUACACGAGUGGUGACCACUUCCGCCUUCAUACGGAUCGAUACGAGACGUCUGUCCAACCAGGCACACUGGACGCUCAUUUUGGGCUCGACUACGGUGGGCACCCGCACAACCGCCUUCUGAGCUCCAUGGUGUACCUCGACGAUGACUGUGUCGGCGGGGAGACGUACUUCCCGGACGUGACCGGCGUCGGGCCACGCGCGGACGGGACCAAGUUUUCGCGAGGGGAGACGGGAGGCCUACUGGUCAAGCCAAGGCGAGGCAACGCCGUGUUCUGGAACAACUUCCACUUGAACGGUACGGGAGACGAUAGGCUGUACCACGCCAGUCUUCCCGUCAAGUCUGGAACCAAGACAGUGGUGGCACGGGUCCGGGUGGCAGGGGUGACAGGGGGGGCCAAGCCUGGAGGGGACCGUAGCCUUGGUAGCCCCGUUCUGGCUCACAACCCCACCAACCCACCAUCUUUGGGCCGGCCAUUUGGGCCAUUUGGGCCCUUACCUUUGGGCUUGGGCGGCGGCGGGCUUCGGUUUGUUUUGGUUGAUUGGGUGAUCGGCCAGGUAGCGGCCUCUGGAAAUUUGAUUUGCCAGCCAAACCACCAAGUCGACAUCGUCGCCGGCGAACACACCACACACCACAAACACAAACACAUCCACACGUCCGCACGCGCAAAGAGCGCAUCGCUUCUCUCCGGCACCCUCGCGCACACGUCCUGCAGCCUCUUGUAUCCGUCACUCGUCAGACCCAGCACUUCGGACCCCGAAUCUGCCAAGAUGGGCGAAUCUCGUCAAGAGCUAGUCAGCUGGCUCAACAGCCUCCUCCACCUCAACAUUACCAAGGUCGAGCAAUGCGGUACUGGGGUUGGCCAUGGCCCGUCUGCGCCGCCCGUCCUCCUCACCCUCCUUGGCCUUGACCGCAUGCGCUCACAUUCGCCCUUGCUUGUCAAUAGUGCCGCCCUCUGCCAGGUCUUUGACAGCAUCUUCCUCGACAUCCCCAUGUCGCGCGUCAAGUUCAACGUCAACACCGAGUACGCCUACAUCCAGAACUUCAAGGUGUUACAGAGUAAGUCCCCCCUCCGCCACCCAAGGUCGGCCUCGCUCCACGGUAGCUCACACGCAUCUCUUUCCUCUGCAGAUGCCUUUGCCAAGCAUGGCGUCGAGAAGCCCGUCCCCGUCCAGGCCCUGAUCAAGUGCAAGAUGCAGGACAACCUCGAGUUCCUCCAGUGGGCCAAGCGAUACUGGGAUCAGCACUACCCCGGUGGCGACUACGAUGCCGUCGCACGGCGAAAGGGAGGCGCCAUGCCCGCCUCCUCUGGGCCCGGCCCUCGGGCUACUAACACCAGCGCCGCGCGACGAGGGGGCACCACACCUUCCGGCGGCCCUCGGAUCGGCGUCCGUGCCCCUGGCGGCGGCGCUGCCUCGGCUGCCCUGCAGCAGGAGAACAACACCCUGAAGGAGACCGUCGUCGGGCUGGAGCGCGAGCGCGACUUCUACUUCAGCAAGCUCAGAGACAUCGAGCUCCUUGUCCAACAAGCCGUCGAGGAGGACCCCGAGCUGGAGAAGCAGGAGGACGGCCUCAUCAAGGCGAUCCAGACGAUACUCUACUCGACCGAGGAGGGCUUUGAGAUCCCGGCCGAGGGCGAGGAGGGCGAGGGCUUGGAUGACCAGGAGACGUUCUGA